UCUCUCUCUCUUCUGCUAAUUCCACUAUCUUGAUAACUGCUACAGCUCAAGCACGAGGAUCUCUUCUUUCAACUCUUUAUAAUGAUGAUCAUGGGAAUUCAAAGGCCUGCAUGGUUGGAAGCCAUCGACGCCCAGAAAUUCUUCGUGGGGUGUUCUUACCAUAAGAGUGCAAAGAAGAACGAAAAGAACGUGUUUUGUCUGGAUUGUUGCAUCAGUAUCUGCCCUCACUGCGUACCAUCACAUAGUUUCCACAGGCUUCUUCAGGUUCGUCGAUACGUCUAUCAUGAUGUCGUCAGAUUGGAAGAUCUUCAAAAGCUUAUAGAUUUCUCUAAUGUCCAGGCCUAUACUAUAAACAAUGCAAAAGUGGUGUUCAUAAAGAAAAGACCUCAAAACAGGCAAUUCAAAGGGGAUGGAAAUUACUGCACUUCAUGUGACAGAAGUCUCCAAGAGCCAUUCAUCCAUUGCUCUCUAGGGUGCAAGGUGGAUUAUGUGUUGAAACAUUACAAAGACCUCUCUCCAUUCUUGACGAAUUGCAUCAGUUUGACACUCAGCCCAGAUUUCCUUAUCCCGCAAGAAAUUAUAGACGGCGAAAUGACAAACGAGACGCCACGUUCAACGAUAGUAGAGGAUGAUGAUGAGUCAAUUAUAAGGUGGUCAUCAGGACCCGAUGACAUGAGCAUGGGUUACGGGUGUGAUCAGAUUGUGAGGAAGAAGAGAAAUGGUCUAUAUUUGUGUGGAAGAUCAGCUACCAAGAUUUCUGAUGAUCAAGACAUGGUUAUCAGUAUAAUCAAUAGAAGGAAAGGCAUCCCCCAUAGAUCUCCUCUAUGUUAGCCAAAAAAAAAGAGCUUAGUUUCAAAAUGCUUUAACCUCUGCUUUUUUCUUUUUUAUAUAUUCUCAACUUGGUCGGG